UUAUGUGUUUCUGGGAUUCAAACCCACAACUUUAUGCAUCCUAAGCAAACACUCUGCCAACUAAGCCACAUUGCUGGCCCUUGUUCCUCUUUCUUAUCGUUAAGUUGCAACUCAAAUGUUGAGCUCCUAGUUUAAGUAGGUCCCAUCUUUCAUCUAAAGCUUAACCCCUUUGUGCUUCCAGAAUUUAAUUUGGCCUUUCUUGUCUCACCGCCCCCCCCCACCACCACAGUGGAUCCAUGGUGAAGGAGCUGGGUGUCCUAAUGCUGCAGAGGUAACCAUGAGCCCAUCCUCUCCCCAAAACAGAGGGGACUGGGGACAGGUGCAGAACAGGGUGGUCAGCAGGUAUAGGCUAUACUCAGAGACUGUGUCAGCUCUGAACCCCUUUCACUGACAGCCAGGAAGUGGGCGGGAUCUCUGGGGGUGGGGGAAACAAGGACUCCUGGCAGAGAGCUGCUUCUUCUCAUUGGCUGCUCAGGGUUUGGGGGCAUCACCCCACUCUCCCUGCAAACCCCCGCCCCCCAGAACCCUCUGGAACCCGCAUGCCUCUGGAACCCCCCAUUCAGGCAUCUUCAUAGUUGCGAAUCCCUUCUCAGGUUCCCUGCCCGGCUACACACACCCAGGAUACAUCGUCACCCAGGUGCAGCUACAAUUUGCUACCGUUUGUGGGGAGUGGCAGUUGACUCCACAAGGUUCCUGGGCAGGAGGCAAGUCCCAGAAACCUCCUGGGAAGGAUGAAUGCUCAGAGCCCUGCAGACCUACCUGCAGGGCUUGAUGGCCCCUGUCUGAAUUCCAGAACGUGGUGGCAGGAGGAUCAAGUGUUCCCUGGCGACCUGAGAUCUGUGAAAAGAGGAGGAGGGUGCUGUGUGGAACUGCUGCUGCUACUGCUGCUGGCUGAGGAGCUACCCCUGGGUGGUGGCUGUCCUCGAGACUGUGUGUGCUACCCCGCACCCAUGACUGUCAGCUGCCAGGCACACAACUUUGCUGUCAUCCCAGAGGGCAUCCCCGAGGACAGCGAGCGCAUCUUCCUGCAGAACAAUCGUAUCACUUUCCUCCAGCAGGGCCACUUCAGCCCCGCCAUGGUCACCCUCUGGAUCUACUCCAACAACAUCACUUUCAUCGCUCCCAACACCUUCGAGGGCUUUGUGCAUCUGGAGGAACUAGACCUUGGAGACAACCGGCAGCUGCGGACGCUGGCACCCGAGACCUUCCAGGGCCUGGUGAAGCUUCACGCCCUCUACCUCUAUAAGUGUGGACUGAGCGCCCUGCCCGCAGGCAUCUUUGGUGGCCUGCACAGCCUGCAGUACCUCUACUUGCAGGACAACCACAUUGAGUACCUCCAAGAUGACAUCUUUGUGGACCUGGUCAACCUCAGUCACUUGUUUCUCCAUGGCAACAAGCUUUGGAGUCUGGGCCAAGGCAUUUUCCGGGGCCUGGUGAACCUCGACCGGCUAUUGCUGCAUGAGAACCAGCUACAAUGGGUCCACCAUAAGGCUUUCCAUGACCUCCACAGGCUAACCACCCUCUUUCUCUUCAACAACAGCCUCACUGAGCUGCAAGGUGACUGUAUGGCCCCCCUGGUGGCCUUGGAGUUCCUUCGCCUCAAUGGUAAUGCCUGGGACUGUGGCUGCCGGGCUCGGUCCCUGUGGGAAUGGCUGAGGAGGUUCCGAGGCUCCAGCUCCGCUGUUCCCUGUGCAACCCCCGAGCUGCGGCAAGGCCAGGAUCUGAAGCUGCUGAGGGCUGAGGACUUCCGGAACUGCACAGGGCCAGCAUCUCCACACCAGAUCAAGUCACACACGCUCACCACCUCUGACAGGGCUGCCCGCAAGGAGCAUCACCCAUCCCAUGGCGCCUCCAGGGACAAAGGCCACCCACAUGGCCAUCUGCCUGGCUCCAGGUCAGGUUACAAGAAGCCAGGCAAGAACUGUACCAGCCACAGGAACCGAAACCAGAUCUCGAAGGUGGGCACUGGGAAACAGCUUCCUGAACUACAGGACUAUGCCCCUGACUACCAGCACAAGUUCAGCUUUGACAUCAUGCCGACCACACGACCCAAGAAGAAGGGCAAGUGUCCCCGCAGGACCCCCAUCCGUGCCCCCAGUGGGGUGCAGCAGGCCAACUCGGGCACUUCCCUGGGGGCCUCGCUCCUGGCCUGGAUACUGGGGCUGGCGGUCACUCUCCGCUGAGGACUCAGGACAUCACUACCCAGCACUGCCACAUGUCCAGCAAGGAACAGAAUCUUUUCCUCUUUUUUUUUUUUUUUUCUUUUUAAGCGGAAAAUCUGCUGGGUUUCAGGAAAAGGCUGCUAAUGCCUUCAAUCACAGUCUGAACCCUUCCUGGUGGAUUAUAAGCUCAAAGUGUACAGCUCUAGAGAGGAGGGGUAGCCAUCUUACCUGGUUGUCCUGGCCCAGCACCUACAGACAGCAUCCACUCCAGCACGGUGGUCAAAGGCAUACCAAGUGAAUGAUUAGCCGUGACGGGACAUAUGCCCUUUGGAGAAGCUGGGCUCUGUGGAAUCCUGAGCGCUUGGAAAGAAAGGCCGGACGACCCUGCGUUUUGGGAAGGAGUGGAACUCAGGACAAGGCUCACGCAGAGCCAGCUGGGGCAACCAGCAAUCUCAGAGCACUCUUGCUCUUGCCUGAGGCCACCUUGUCAACCUGCCCAGUCCCACUAUGUCAUCCUCAGUCCCUACCCAUGGGGGUAGUGCCUCUCAUUCCUGAUGUCUCAGGCAGUCCUGGCAGACCUGCUGGGGUCCAAGAACCAAUCACCAAAGGAAAGAUCACCAGAGGAUGAUGUUUAGAACUUUACUCGCGAUGAGAGUCACUCAGAAGGUGCAGUUUUAUACCUGUGUCUACUUAUAUAUAUCCUCACACCCUACCCACACACCCACACAAUAUAAAUAUAUAUACAUAUAUAAAUAUAUAAAUGCACAGCCCCCCUCCCACUCCUUACCAAACUGUAUGUCUUAUCAUGUUUAUAAACUAUACGGGAACCUAUAUUUGCUCAACUACAGAUUGUAUUGGUAAUUUCUAGCAAGGAAAAACAAAAAAAAAAGUUGUGGCAUUUUUGGUCUGAAUCCCAGCUGGCAGCAAUAGUCCCUGGGCUUGCUGGGGCAAAGGUGUCAGUGGGAAGAGUUGAGGAGGAAGAGAAACAGAGAAUCACUUCAGGGGACCAACAUUCUUAGCUACUUAGAACAUCAUCUUGUUUUUAUAUGCAACACAUGCCUGUCUGGCACCCUGGAGCACCCCACUACCCCUACUGUAGAAGCUGCAGGCUUUGGGGUGAGAUGUGGGAAGUAGCUUGUCAGAUGUCAGGGUGCUGGAGGCAAGCUAGGUGGAGCAGCAGAAAGGGCUUUGGGGGUUUUCAAGCCAGCAAACAAGGCAGCAUCCACAGUGUUAGUCCAGAGGGUUGGAUGGACAGUGUCCUUCUAACGUUUUGCCAGCGAUGGUCUGUGCAGGUCAGGAGGCUCUGAACUCUGACCUCAAGGAAGGCUUAGCUGCAAUUUUAACUCACUGGCUCUUUGGCCAGUGACCUGCUGAAGGCCCUGAACAGUUGGCAAUAGAGAAGACUCUAGUGGCCUUAGCAGAUGAGGGCAUUUCAAUAACCAUCUCAGGCGCUCUCCGUUACAGAGGUCUUGUUCCUCCUGAUUAUUUUGGAUAUAAUCCAGGACAGGCAAAGGUCAGAGGGCUAGACUCAGGGGUCAGAGCCCAACAGGCAGCAUGCAGGGAACAGAGCAGGCAAGCCCAGUCAGGCAAUAGGGGCUGCUGGCCCAAAGGUCUCCGGCAAGCACAAUCUCUUGCGCUUUGCACAAACCUGAAUCCCCUACCAGCGAGGGUGUGUGAGGAGGAAGAAAUGCUGAAUCCAAUUAAGAGAGAAAAAUAAUAAAAAAAAUUCUCUUGGACAAAA